AUGUCUAUUAUAAAAUCAUCCAAAAACUGUGACCAACUCUUAUUUGAUGGUUAUCGAUAUCGUCGUGAUAAAUUAGCUUGGCGCUGUGUUACAAAUGGCUGCAAAGGACGUGCCAGUUAUGAUAAAGGAAUUUAUACAACUUAUCAAAAUCACAUAUGUCGUGCACCAGAUCCAGAUGAAAUUGAAAAAGUAUUAUAUAAUUAUGAAAUUAAAAAGAAUGCGCAACAAUCUCAUGAUCCACCACGAUUAAUUAUUCAAAAUGCUCGUCUUAAAAUAUCAUUAGAUGCUGCAAUUAAUAUUCCACAAUACAUUGCAUCGCAACGUUCAAUUCAACGUGUUAGACGAGAUAAAGAUAUUCCAACAGAACCUAAAACAUUUGCGGAUAUUAUUAUACCAUUAAAUUAUCAAGUUAAUUCAUUAAAUGAGCAAUUUCUUUUAUAUGAUAAUAAUGAUAAUCAACGACGAAUAUUAAUCUUUGCUUCAAAACAACAUUUAGAUUUUCUUAAUGAAUGCGAAAGUUGGCAUUGCGAUGGCACUUUUGCCGUAGCACCUACUUUAUUUGAACAAAUGUAUUCUAUACAUGGCUCAAUACGUGGUAAAAAAUUACCUUUAUUAUACUCACUUCUACCAAAUAAAGAUCAAAAAACUUAUGAAGAAUUGUUUGGAAUAGUGGCUCAACAUGUUCAACGAAAACCUAAUUAUAUUACCAUCGACUUCGAAAAAGCAGCAGAAAAUGCUUUCAAUGUUAUAUAUCCACAAUGUGAAAUUCUUGGAUGUUUCUUCCAUUUUAAAAAGUGUAUUUGGAAACAUAUUUGUGAAUUACAUUUAAAAAACGAAUUUCUGGAAAACCAAAAUAAUCGUCGAACUAUGAAAAAUUUAACAGCAUUAGCUUUUGUUCCACCUAAUAAUGUUAUUGAAGAAUUUGCACGCAUAAAAGAAAAUGCAUCUGAUAUUCUAGAUGAUUUAAUUCUGUAUUUUGAAGAUAAUUUUAUUGGAAGAAUAAUGACUCGUAAUCGCAGAAAAAAUCCUCGAUACAAUAUUAAUAUGUGGAAUUGUUUCGAAAGAAUCAACGAAGAUUUACCAAGGACUAAUAAUGCCAUUGAGGGGUGGCACAACGCAUUCCAUAAUGUCGUCGGCGAUCAUCCUAGCUUAUUUACAUUUAUUAAAGACAUUGUACGCGAAGAAAAAAACACAACAAUUGUUUGGAAUCAAGUUCUUGCUGGCACACAAUCACAAACCAAACGCACAAAAUAUGAUAAAAUUGAUCUUCGAAUACGAAACAUGGUCAAAGAAUUUCAUACUCUUUCAAGAAACGACUAUUUUAAAAUGGCCAGAUCAGUGUUUAAUUUUUGA